AUGUCCGAUCUCAAUCGCCCAGCUGCCAACGCCAGCACUGGUAAUGGCAGUGUGCUGCCUACGCAUAAUGACGAGAAAAAACGACACAACUAUCGCCAUGCUCUCUUUCGAGUGCACACUGCCGGGCAGAGUGGACGAAGCGGCAUCCACCCCCUUCUGUUCCUCCAGGUCUGCUUCAGGAGCACCUGCACCCUUUCAAUGAUAGUCAAUAUUCUAUGGCCUUUCGUCCCCGCCGCCAUCGCCAUACACUUUGCUCGACCGGAUCUUCAUGUGUGGAUAUUUGCUCUCAACUACAUCGCCAUGGUCCCGUCCGCAAACCUGCUUGGAUUCGCUGGCGGGGAGCUUGCCAAAAAGCUGCCCAAGGUGUUCGGCGUUCUCCUCGAAACAACCCUCAGCUCCGUUGUGGAAAUCGUGCUGUUCAUGGUGCUGAUCCAUAACGACAACGGUGGCAACCUGAUACCCGUCAUCCAAGCUGCCAUCCUGGGCUCGAUCCUUGCGAAUCUGCUUCUCUGCCUGGGCUUAUGCUUUUUCUUCGGUGGACUCGGUCGUGAGGACCAGGUGUUCCAUGAGGCCGUCAGCGAAGUCGGCUCGGGGCUGUUACUAGUUGCCGGAUUUGGCCUGUUGAUUCCGAGCGCCUUUUACGCAACACUGAACAGCGGCAGCACGAGCACCACCACGACGCCAGCUGCGAUAGUUGACUCAACCCUGAAGAUCAGCCGAGCUACCGCAAUCAUCCUUCUGGCCGCAUUUAUGAUGUACCUCUUCUACAACCUCCACAGCCACCACACCAUCUUCGAUGAGAUUCUCGAGCACGACGAGAACCGCGACGAAGAUCGCGACAAGGAGGAAAAACGCGCAAAGCUCACUCUGACCGAAUGCCUGAUCGCCAUCGCCAUAGCCCUAACAUGCGUCUGCAUGUCGGCCGUUUUCCUCGUCAACGAGAUCGAGCAUGUCGUCCACGAACAAGGCGUGCCGGACAACUUCAUGGGUCUCAUCCUCGUGCCUGUCGUCGAGAAAGCAGCUGAGCAUCUGACCGCUAUUGACGAAGCUUGGGACAACCAAAUCAACUUCGCUCUCUUCCACUGCCUGGGUCCCUCUAUUCACACCGCGCUCCUGAACGCGCCCCUCGCCGUCAUCGUCGGUUGGGGUCUCUCCAAGGACAUGAGCCUGAACUUCGAGAUCUUCAUGAUCGUCCUCGUCGUCCUGUCAAUUCUAGUCGUCGGCAAUUUCCUCCGAGAUGGAAAGUCAAACUACCUCGAGGGCGGUCUCUGCGUGCUGGUAUACAUCAUUAUCGCCGUUACCACGUGGUACUAUCCGCAGGUUGAGCCGCUGGGUGGUGGUGAAGGGGGCUCGGAAACCGCAGCGGAGGUGGUGGCUCAUCGGUUUAAGUUUUAA